UGAAGCUCCAAUUGGAUCCCACUCCAGCAAAAAGUCUGAAUGGGAGGGGGCGGACGCACUGCUAUAAGCUUAGCCGUGGUUGGUGAAUGCCAACAGCCAAUGCUGUGGCCCCGUGCUUGGAGGCAGCGCGCAGCGGGAGCUUCCUUCAAUGAGCAUGGCGGCGUUAGCUCUGGUUUUGCGAUCCGGUGCCGGUUUUACGGGGAGAGCGGCGAAGGCGGGAUAUGCGUAUGCAGCCGCCAGGUCCUUCUGUAUCAUUAGUGGCAACAAAAGCGGCUCUAUUCACCAGGACCUGGACAGAGGGCGGUCGGAGGUUUUGGGAAGGCCCCAGGUCGCAGCCAGCUGUAUUGGUGCCCAGGUUAACCUUACAUGCAGUCAACAUUUUCGUUAUUUUUGUUCAGAUGAAAACACUGGGGAGGGGCGACUGAUUUACACUGGAAACUUGGCCAAGGCAGUAUUUGGUGUGAAGUUCUUCUCUUACUCCACCAGCAUUUUUAGUUGUUGUAUGAUGCCUUAUGUCAUUCUGCACUCUGGCCUUGGAAUUCAGAGCCCUGCAUUACAAGCAGCAUUCUGUGGCAUAAUUGGAUUAUUUACUUUUUUAAAUCCCGUGGUAUUGCAUCUCCUCACUAAAGGUUAUGUGAUUCGCCUAUAUCACAAUGCAGAAACUGACAAUUACACUGCAGUCACUUACAACGCCCUCCUCCAACAGAAGAAAACCAUUUUCCAUCAAAAGGAUGUUGAAGUUCCUGGAGUCAACAAGAUGUUCACCACAUUCUAUGCAAAUAAGAAAUCAAUGGAUCCUCUGUGUCUGUUUUGCUUUUCAACCAGAGAUUUAACAAAUACUGAAAGUGCCAGGAACUCAGCAUGUUUGGACAAUGACUCCACAUCAGAAUUGGGAAAGUGCGAAAAUGAGUACAAGUUGGAAAGAGAAAGUGGGAAGAGAAAAACAACAGAUCUGUAUACCUUCCCCCUCAUUUUUUGCAUAUCAAAUGGUAUGGCUUCACUUGGACUUCAAAUUUUGUUUGUAUGCAGCUUUUUUUUACACUUGAGAAAGCAAACGCUGUUUGCCUGUCCCUUAUAAGAAUUAUAGACCAGUUAGCCUGACAUCAGUGGUGGGGAAGAUGCUGGAGUCAAUUAUAAAAGAUGAAAUAGCGGCACAUUUGGAUAGCAGUAACAGAGUCAGCAAGGAUUUACAAAGGAGAAAUCAUGCUUGACUAAUCUUCUGGAAUUUUUUGAGGAUGUAACUAUGAAAAUGGACAAGGGAGAGCCCGUGGAUGUAGUGUACCUGAACUUUCAGAAAACCUUUGAUAAGGUCCCACAAAGGAGAUUAAUGGGCAAAAUUAGAGCACAUGGUAUUGGGGGCAGGGUACCAACAUAGAUAGAAAAUUGUUUGGCAGACAGGAAACAAAGAAUAGGGAUUAACGGGUCCUUCUCAGAAUGGCAGGCAGUGACUAGUGGGGUACUGCAAGGCUUGGUGCUGGGACUGCAGCUAUUUACAAUAUACAUUAACAAUUUAGAUGAAGGGAUUAAAAGUAACAUUAGCAAAUUUACAGAUGUCACAAAGCUGGGCGGCAGUGUGAAAUAUGAGGAGGAUGUUAGGAGAACACAGGGUGACUUGGACAGGUUGGGUGAGUGGGCAGAUGCAGUUUAAUGUGGAUAAAUGUGAGGUUAUCCACUUUGGUGGCAAGAACAGGAAGGCAGAUUACUAUCUGAAUGGUGUCAAGUUAGGAAAAGGGGAAGUACAACGAGAUCUAGGUGUUCUUGUACAUCAGUCACUGAAAGUAAGCAUGCAGGUAUAGCAGGUAGUGAAGGAAGCUAAUGGCAUGUUGGCUUUCAUAACAAGGAGAGUUGAAUAUAGGAGCAAAGAGGUCCUUCUGCAGCUGUACAGGGCCCUGGUGAGACCACACCUGGAGUAUUGUGUGUAGUUUAGGUCUCCAAAUUUGAGGAAGGACAUUCCUGCUAUUGAGGGAGUAAUUCCCAGGAUGGUGGGACCGUCAUAUGUUGAAAGAUUGGAGUGACUGGGCUUGUAUACACUGGAAUUUAGAAGGAUGAGAGGGAAUCUGAUUGAAACAUAUAAGAUUAUUAAGGGAUUGGACACGCUAGAGGCCAGGAAACAUGUUCCCAAUGUUGGGGGAGUCCAGAACCAGAGGCCACAGUUUAAGAAUAAGGGGUAGGCCAUUUAGAACCUUUUCACCCAGAGAAUUGUGGAUCUAUGGAAUGCUCUGCCUCAGAAGGCAGUGGAGGCCAAUUCUCUGGACGCUUUCAAGAAAGAGUUAGAUAGAGCUCUUAAAGAUAGCGGAGUCAAGGGAUAUGGGGAGAAGGCAGGAAUGGGGUGCUGAUUGUGGAUGAUCAGCCAUGAUCACAUUGAAUGGCGGUGCUGACUCGAAGGGCCGAAUGGCCGACUCCUGCACCUAUUGUCUAUAAUCCUGCAUUCCACCUGAUUUCUUCUCAGUAUUCCCAUGUAACCCAGUAUAAACGUGCUAUGUACCUUCAUCUCAGUUUCAGCAUUGUUAGUUUAGCUUUCUCUUCUGGCUUCAUCCAUCUCACCAUUUGCAUUCUUGCAUACAGAUUUACUGUGAUAACAAUCAUUCACUACCCUUCACAUGAUGUCAUCUGGACAGAGUUCAUCUCCGGAGCCAUUGCAGACAUUCCUUUUCUCUUUGCAAUUAAAAUGCAAAUUAUUUGCAAGUUAAAAUGUGCUUACUUUAUCACUUCAUCAGCACUGAUGAAAGCUCAUUGUUCUGCAGUAGUGCUUUCUCCCUCCAUGUAUGCAGCUUUUCGAUGUUCAUAUUCAAUUUAAUAAACUAGGGAAAGAAAUUAUUAAGGAUGAAACUUUGAGGUGUUGGAGUGAUUUUUGGGUUUAUGGCAUAUGCAUUUAGCAAUUGACUUUGGCUACCAGUCUUCUCUUUUGAAAAUGUAUUGUGGAUUUAAUCUGGAGUGCAGCUCUGAACAAUGGGUUCCUAAAAGCUGUGAAUUCCAAUCCAACCAAUGCUGAUUCAUUUGGGUGUCUGUGUGUUGAUGUGAAUCAGAAGGUGUGAAGGUUGUAUGUAGUUUCAAAGAAAGCAUUGUCCUUACAUUGUAAAUAUGGAGUUAUCCUUCAAUGUUUGACACAUAAAAUAUGGAACCCCAAAUUGGACCAGCAGACCUUUCCAUGGAAAGUGUCUCCAUAUGAUGCCUGCUGUACCUUGUUUUGUCAAAUAAAGAAGCUGCUUUGUAUCAACCAGUAAUUUUCUCCAGUGACUUUGUUCAUGCAACAACACGAGGUACUUCGAGACUAAUGAUAAAACAGGUCAAAGUCAGCAUGGUUUCUGUAAAGGGAAAUCUUGCCUGACAAAUCUGUUUGGGUUUUUUGAGGAAGUAACAAGUAGGGUGGGCAAAGGAGAGGCAGUGGAUGUCCUCGGACUAGCACGCAAGUGCCAUCACAGCAAAGGCACAGUAGUACCACUACUUCCUUAGACAUUUGCGCAGAUUUGGCAUGUCAUCCAAAACUUUGACAGACUUCUACAAAUGUACAGAGGAGAGCAUCCUGACUGGUUGCAUCAUGAGCUGGAAUGGAAACAACAAUGCUCAAGAAUGGAAUUGUGUACAGAGGGUGGUGGAUGCAGCCCAGUCUGUCACGGGCAAAGCCCUCCCACCACUGAGCACAUCUAAAAGGAAUGCUGCCUCAAGAAAGCAGCAUUCAUCAUCAAGGACUCCCACCAUCCAGGUCAUGCUCUCUUCUCACCUCUUGUGACACAGUUAUUUAAGAAAGGGAAGGGACAAAAUAUGGAAUUCCGAGGGGUGAUUGAUAAGUUCAUGGCCUAAGGUAGGAGUCAAUUUUAGAAAACCUAGAACAUUUAUUUUUCAAUAUGGUCCCCUCCUACAUUUACACACUUAGUUCAGCGUUCAUGGAGCAUGCGGAUCUUUGACCUCCGGAAAGUUUCCACAGAUGGGUGAUUGAUAAGUUUGUGGCCCAAGG